UUCAACUAAUUUGCUUAUCUAACACAUAAAAAAAUAAUGCACCAUUAAUAGUCACCCAUUUAAUUAGGAUAAAAUGGUUGACAUAGUCAAAUUUAGAUCCUUAUAAAGUAAGGUGUUCUUAGGAUCUUUUGUCGGCAAGAGAAGUUGUUAAAAGGACAAAUUAAAAUGGCUUGUAGCAAAAAGCUAUACUUCAUAGUGCUUAAUCUUAUUGUUCUUUCUCUAAGUGUACAUGGCAAACUUUCUAUUAACUUUUAUUCCUCUACUUGUCCAAAUGCUCUCAAUAUUGUUAAGCAAGGGAUUGCUAAAGCUAUAAAGAAGGAUGCUCGUGUUGGAGCCUCGAUACUUCGAUUACACUUUCAUGAUUGCUUUGUCAAUGGUUGCGAUGGAUCACUUCUUCUAGAUGAUACAUCGACUUUUCAAAGUGAGAAAACAGCUAGACCUAAUAACAAUUCUGUUCGUGGGUUUGGAGUAGUGGACGACAUCAAAACUAGUUUAGAGAAGGCAUGUCCCGGAGUUGUCUCUUGCGCUGAUAUUCUUGCUAUUGGAGCUCGUGACUCAGUUGUUUAUUAUGGAGGUCCUUUUUGGAAAGUAAGGUUGGGAAGAAGAGACUCAAGAACAGCCAACAGAAGUGCAGCCAAUGCAUUUAUCCCUCCACCUUCACUUGAUCUCAAUAAUCUCACCUCUAAUUUUGCCAACGUGGGUUUAUCAUUCAAAGAUAUGGUUGUUCUUUCUGGAGCGCACACAAUUGGAUUUGCAAGGUGCGUAAGUUUCCGACCGCACAUAUACAACGACACAAACAUUGACGCUUCCUUCGCCAAAUCCCUUCAACAAAAAUGCCCUCGAAGUGGAAACGAUGCCGUUUUGCAACCACUAGACUACCAAACCCGAUUUCGUUUCGACAACAAUUACUACAAAAAUUUAAUGGUUAAAAAGGGUUUGCUACAUUCAGAUCAACAGUUAUAUAAUGGAAAUAAGGCUGAUAAACUUGUUUUAAGGUUUGCUUCAAAACCAGGCCAUUUCUUUGCUGAGUUUGCUAAGAGUAUGAUUAAUAUGGCAAAUAUUAACCCACUUACGGGUUCUAAUGGUGAAAUUAGGCGUAAUUGUCGUAAACCAAAUUAGAAUGUACUUCGUGCUUUUUUUUUAUUUUGCUAUUUACUUUUUUUUUAAUAAAUUAUCGUGAAUGUAAUGAGGUGGCUCAUCAGCUUGUGAAAUGCGGGUUGAUAACUAGUUUUUGUGAUGAAAUGUGAUAUAAGGGUGGUGUUUCUUGGA